AUGGACCGCAUGCGAUCGGAGGGAAUCACCCCCAACGCUUACAGCUUCAGUCCCCUCAUCAAGGCUUGCGGCAAGGAGGGACGCUGGGCGCUGGCAGUGAAGACCCUUGAGGACAUGGAGGCGUCGGGGCCUACACCGAACGAGCACAACUGGCUGAUGGCCAUCGGCGCCUGCGGGAACGCCGGACAGUGGGAGGAGGCUCUACAUCUGAUCGACAAGCUCGAGGCCUUGGCGCAGAGGGGGGAGGGCGUGCCGAUGUCGACCACCAUGUACAAUUUUGGGAUUGACGCGGGCGUGGCGCUCCUAGAGAGGAUGAAGAGCAACCCAGCGACGCCGCCCGACGCGCAAACUUACGCUUACCUCAUCGACGCCUGCGCCAAGGAUGCCAACUUGGAGGAUGCCCUGGCGUACCUCACGGAGAUGAGAGCUGUUGGAUUGGCGCCCACAUUUUUUGCCUAUAUUUCUGCGAUGAGCGCGAUAAAGGUAGCUGGACAGUGGAAAGAAGCUCUUAGCCUGCUGGACGAGAUGGCCAAGGGCAGGCUUAUUUCAGAUGUGUUUAGCUUCUACAAUGUGGUGGACGCGUACGGCAAGGACGGUCAGCUAGCGCGCACGCUGGUCCAGACCAAUGCCAAUCCAACGGAGAUCGCCGCAGAUUCCGAAAACGAGAUGAGAUCCGAUGCGGAUCUGAACGCGUGGCGGGCGGAGGAACCAGACGAACUGGUGAAGCGAAUGGAGAACAACGGUGUCGAGCUGGACGUGAUGAGCUUCAACAUCCUCAUCGACGCCUGCGCCAGAUAUACCGCUCAUCGGGUCCCGUUGCCGCUUCCGAUGUCUCAUGUGCCAUUUCGCAAGGGAGGGAGUCAUUGGGCAGCGGCAAGGCUCCUCAAGAAGAUGAAGUCCCUCGGACUGCGACCGAACAGCUUGAGCUACAACCCCAUCAUCCACAGCUGCAGGGGCGGUACGGACGAGGAGUGGCGGCUUGCCCUUGACCUCCUCGACGAGAUGCGAAAAUCCGGUCUGACGCCUGACGUUAUCAGUUUCAACACAGCGAUCACGUCCUGCGCGAAGGCUGGGGAUUGGCGACGUUCGCUUCAUCUUUUCGCGGGCAUGAAGGUCGAGGGGGUCACGCCCGAUAUCCUCUCGUACAACGCCGUCAUCAGCGCUUGUGCGAAGGGCGGGCAAUGGCGGAUCGGGCUCGAGCUCCUGGCAAAGGUGCGUGCGGACCCCACGCUGGAGGCCAACCAGAGAACCUAUACGUCCGCAAUCAACUGUUUUCAGCAGUUCCAGGGAGGGCAAUCGGUGGCAAGCUUGGCAUCAACGUUGGCAGGACAAAGCUCUCGCGAGGAGAUGCUCCUCGAUCCGAUACCGACCAGCGAUGUUUAUCUAGGAGGGUCUUCGGGUACGCCGGAGGGCGGUGAAGUUGGUUGAGAGCACAACGAAAAGGGGCUCUUUGACAUUCAUGUCCAUCUUGAACGUGCUUCGGUCUGUAUCUUCGGUCGGUGGGCGACCGGCGAAUGGCCCUCUGUGAAGAAGCCAAGCUUUUGGGAGAUUCCCUUGCUUUU